UACAGUAGCUGCAGGUAGCAUCAUGUUUAACCAUAUGGAAUUGGAUUUUCAAGCAAAGUUUGGGGUUUUUGGGAAAUCCAAUUAGGGUUUGCUAUCAAAAUCAAGAAAUUGAAAAGAAUUUCCUUCUGCAGAAUCAAACCUGGGGAGUGAAGGUUCCGGGUUCGAUCCUCGCUCCUUGUGCUGUUGCUUCGUUCGGUUCUGGCGCUUCCUCAUGGCUGAUAAAAUGGAAAUCGAUUUACCUUCCGAUUCCCAACCCCUCAAGUCACGAGAUCGAAUCGUUCGGAGGCUUGUCCAGUUUGGGGUUCCUGAGGAGCAGCUUGACCAGCCUGGUUUGGUUGAUUUUGUUAAGGAUAAGAGGGAUUUGAUACCUGACCUGGUGUCUGUUAUAUUGCCUCCGGAUGUGGAAGUGGCAGAAGCAUUGCAAGAUUCUAAAUUGGGUUCGAAGAAGACACCUUUGGGUGUGACCAUGAAGAAGAGGUUCCAUGAGAGCAUGGUGUGGUUGCAGUGGUUGAUGUUUGAAGGUGACCCGAGUGCAGCCCUGAGAGGCCUUUCCAAGAUGUCUGUUGGGCAGAGGGGUGUCUGUGGGGCUGUUUGGGGACACAAUGAUAUAGCUUACAGGUGUAGGACAUGUGAACAUGACCCGACCUGUGCAAUCUGUGUUCCUUGUUUUGAGAAUGGGGAUCACAAGGGCCAUGAUUACUUUGUUAUAUACACGGGUGGUGGUUGUUGUGAUUGUGGGGAUGUCACAGCAUGGAAGCGUGAGGGUUUCUGCUUGAAGCAUAAGGGUGCCGAGCAGAUACAGCCUCUUCCGGAGGAAUUUGCAAACUCUAUUGCACCUGUGCUUGGUUCUCUUUUCACAUGUUGGAAACACAAGCUAGUGAGUGCGAGUGAUUCCAUUACUGAAAGAAAGAAGGCUGCCAAUGAGCUAACUUUUUCUGUGGUUGAUAUGCUUUUAGAAUUUUGCAAGCAUAGUGAGAGUUUGCUCAGCUUUAUUGCCAAGUCGUUGUUCUCUUCUACUGGUUUAUUGGGCAUCCUGGUGAGAUCUGAGAGGUUUUUAACUGAUGUUGUUGUAAAGAAACUCCAUGAGCUGCUCCUGAAAUUGUUGGGAGAACCUAUUUUUAAAUAUGAGUUUGCUAAAGUUUUUCUCACUUACUAUCCAAGUGUUAUAAAUGAGGCCAUAAAAGAGUGCAGCGACCAUCCUCUGAAGAGGUAUCCUCUACUAUCCACGUUCUCUGUGCAGAUACUUACAGUGCCCACUCUUACCCCACGUCUUGUGAAGGAAAUCAACCUACUAACCAUGCUGUUAGGAUGUCUUGAAAGCAUUUUCAUUUCUUGUGCUGAAGACGGACGUUUACAGGUUUCCAGAUGGGUAAAUUUGUAUGAGACGACGAUACGUGUUGUUGAAGAUAUCCGAUUUGUAAUGAGCCAUGUGGUGGUGCCCAAAUAUGUAACAAAUGACCAGCAAGAUAUCUCAAGAACCUGGAUGAGGCUUAUAUCCUUUGUGCAAGGGAUGAACCCUCAAAAGAGAGAAACAGGUCAACAUAUAGAAGAAGAAAAUGAGAAUGUCCAUUUGCCUUUUGUUUUAGGGCACUCUAUUGCCAAUAUUCACUCUCUAUUGGUAGAUGGAGCAUUUUCUGAUUCUAGCAAGGGAGAGAUGGAUGAUGAAAAUGUUUGGAGCUCAAAUAAGAAUGAAUCAGAUGAUGGAGAUAACCUAAGACGUGCAAAGGUAGGGCGGCUCUCCCAGGAUAGCUCUACAUGUAAUGUGACCUGUAGGAAUAGUGUCUUUGCUUCAUCAAAGGUUCUUGAGAUAAAAUCUGACGCCUCUUCUCAACUGCUUCUUCCACGUUCUGUCUCUUGGUUGAUAUAUGAGUGUUUAAGGGCUAUUGAGAAUUGGUGGGGAGUUGAGAAUACCCCUGGGGUGCUUCCUAAAAUAUUAGCUCCAAACAAUGAUAGUGUCUAUGAUGACAAUUUUUCAGCAUUUAAGAGAACAAUAUCUAAUUUCAGAAGGGGUAAAUAUACAUUUGGUAGGCUUGCAAGUUCAAGAGAAGAUCAUGGUAACAAAUGCUCUGAAUAUUGCAUUGAUGACCUGGAAAUUGGUAAAAAUGCAGGGAAGGAUGGUAAAUUGAAAACAGAUGGUGAAAUUGAUUCAGAAAACACCUGCAUCCGUCCCAGUUUUGAUGAUAGUGCCAUGGACGAAGAUUUUCCUGUGGAAUCAGACUGUCUACAUUUUUUAUCAUUACCUGAUUGGCCACAGAUAGUCUAUGAUGUUAGUUCACAAGAUAUAUCUGUACACACUCCGUUACAUAGAUUGCUUUCCAUGCUAUUGACAAAAGCACUGAGAAGAUAUUUUUGUGAAUCUGAAGUGCCAGAUGUCACUGAUGUUUGUUCUACUAAUUCAUUGUCAACAAUUUACACUGACUUCUUUGGACAUGCUUUACGAGGAAGUCAUCCGAAUGGUUUCUCUGCCUUUAUAAUGGAGCAUCCAAUGCGGAUUAGGGUCUUUUGUGCUGAAGUCCAUGCUGGAAUGUGGCGUAAAAAUGGAGAUGCUGCUUUACUAUCUUGUGAAUGGUAUAGAUCAGUACGCUGGUCUGAACAAGGUCUGGAGCUUGAUCUAUUUCUCCUUCAGUGUUGUGCUGCACUAGCUCCAGAAGAUCAAUAUGUCAGUAGAAUUCUAGAGCGCUUUGGGCUAUCAAAUUACUUAUCCCUAAAUCUUGAACGGUCUAGCGAAUAUGAACCUGUUUUAGUCCAGGAAAUGCUUACACUUAUUAUUCAGAUUAUAAAAGAACGGCGCUUUUGUGGGCUAAGUACUGCUGAAAGUUUGAAAAGAGAACUAAUUUAUAAGUUAUCCAUUGGAGAUACCACUCAUAGUCUAUUGUUGAAGUCUCUUCCUCGUGAUCUCUCCAAGUUUGAACAGCUUCAAGACAUUUUGGAUACUGUAGCUGUUUAUUCUAAUCCAUCUGGAUUUAAUCAGGGUAUGUAUUCUCUGCGAUGGCCGUUGUGGAAAGAAUUGGAUUUGUAUCAUCCACGUUGGAAUUCAAAGGAUUUACAAGUUGCCGAAGAAAGAUACCUACGCUUCUGCAGUGUCUCUGCACUAACUAGUCAGGUGCCCCAGUGGACCAAAAUCCAUCCUCCUCUGAAGGGAAUAGCCAGAAUAGCCACUUGCAAAGUUGUCCUACAAUUUAUCCGUGCAGUGCUAUAUUAUGCUGUUUUUACUUUUAAAUCAGCUGAAUCCCGUGCUCCUGAUAGUGUUCUUAUACCUGCACUACACUUGCUAUCGUUAUCACUAGAUAUUUGUUUUCAGCAGAAAGGAUCUAGUGAGAAUACAUGUCAUGAUGUGGCACAAAUUCCCAUAAUAGCCUUCUCUGGAGAAAUAAUUGAUGAGAAUUCUUCUUAUGAUGGUGAACUAAGCUUGUUGUCACUUCUUGUUUUACUGAUGGAAAGGCACAGGAAGGAAAAUGAAGACAACUUUGUACAACCAGGUGGUUGCAGUCUAUCUACUCUAAUUGAAAGCUUACUGAAGAAAUUUGCUGAGAUUGAUGACAGAUGCAUGAUUAAGUUGCAAAAUCUUGCCCCUGAAGUCGUGGGUCAUGUUUCUGAAAUUGUUCCAACUAGAGACUCAAGUGUCUCAUUGUCGGCUUCUGAUAGCGAGAAACGCAAGGCAAAAGCUCGGGAGAGGCAGGCUGCUAUAAUGGAAAAGAUGAGAGCCCAACAGACAAAAUUUUUGGCCAGCAUUGAUUCUACUGUUGACGAUGGUUCUCAACUUGGUCAUGAAGGUGACUUAGACACUGAACAUGAUGCUGAAGAAUCUAAACAAAUUGUUUGCUCUCUUUGCCAUGACCACAGUUCAAAAUAUCCCAUUUCAAUUUUUAUUCUUCUUCAGAAAUCUAAGCUUGUGAGUUCCGUGGACCGAGGUCCCCCAUCAUGGGCCCAACUUCGCCAAUCAGAUAAAGAACACAUGCCUAUCAUCAACACCAAGGAGACAGAUACAUUAGCUAUGAACUGGAAUUCAGGAUCAACUUCUUCUUCCCAUUUAACUCAGUUAGUUCAGAAUGCUGCCAAUGAAUUAGCUUCUUCUGGGCAACCUGGGGAAGUUAAUCUUUUUCUGCGAUAUGUCAAGAAUCAAUUCCCAGUGUUGGGAAAUUUUCAGCUCACAGACACAUGUUAUGAAGAAAAAGAAAGGACGCCAUAUACUUUUGAGACAUUAGAACGGGGUAUGUAUUUCUGCAUUCGUGAUGAAGUACAUGAUCUUAUGUUGUCUUCUGAUUUGAUGAAUGAGGAUGAGAAGGUUCCAACUGCUGGAGGGAAUCCAAAUAAUAUAAUAGAUACUGGAUCUGUAUUGCUUGGGAAAUAUACAGCUGAUCUUGUGAGAGAGAUGUCGGAAAAUUCUUCUGCAUCUGAAAAUGCUUGUGGGGAGAAUGCUUCUGUUGAAUCAACAUCACAGCAUCCAGCAUAUGAUGGAUUUGGUCCCACAGAUUGCGAUGGAGUUCAUCUUUCUUCAUGUGGGCAUGCAGCACAUCAAGGGUGUCUUGAUCGAUAUUUGUCUUCAUUAAAAGAAAGAUAUGUCAGAAGAAUUGUUUUUGAAGGAGGACAUAUUGUUGACCCAGAUCAGGGAGAGUUUCUCUGCCCAGUGUGCCGCCGACUUGUAAAUUGUGUCUUGCCUACUUUACCUGGAGAAUUACAGAAGCCUCUCAAGCAGUCUAUUGUCUUGAGUACUGGUUCAAUACCUACUGCAGCCCCCAUAGCUAAAUUGAGCGAAGUGACACAUUCACUUCACCUUCAGCAAGCCUUGAAGCUCUUGCAAUCUGCUGCCAAUGCAGUUGGAAAAGAUAAAUUCUUAAAAGCCAUUCCUUUGCAUCACAUUGAUAGAACUAGACCAAAUCUUGAAAAUUUCUCUCAGGUGCUUUCUAAAAUGUAUUUCCCUGGCAAACAAGAUAAGUUAUCAACAUUUGCCAGACUAAACCAUUCAAUACUGAUGUGGGAUUCUCUUAAGUACUCCUUGACGUCAAUGGAGAUUGCUGCACGUUGUGGAAGGACUACUUUAACUCCAAACUUUGCUCUUAGUGCCAUGUAUGAAGAACUCAGAUCUUCAACUGGCUUUAUAUUAUCUUUGUUGCUGAAACUUGUUCAAAAGGCACGGAGUAAGAAUUCUCUUCAUGUACUUCAAAGAUUUAGAGGUGUUCAACUCUUUGCAGAAUCGAUUUGCUCUGGGGUUUCCCUGAAUUAUGCAAAUAAUGAUGUAUCUGGGAGAGGUGAUAUGCUAACUAUCUUAAAGCAUAUUGAAAAGGACUUGUCGAACACUGACAUAUGCUUUUGGAGUCAGGCUUCAGAUCCUGUACUUGCCCAUGACCCUUUCUCAACGUUGAUGUGGGUUCUGUUUUGUCUACCAUAUCCAUUUUUGUCAUGUGAAGAAUCUUUGUUAUCCCUUGUGCAUCUUUUCUAUAUCGUAGCUGUAACCCAGGCUAUAAUUUUGUAUUAUGAGAAAUCUCAGGAUAAAUCAUCAAGCAAGUCAAGUUUUUCAGAUUGCCUGAUUACUGACAUAUAUAAAGUUAUGGGUGAAUCUGGAUGUGCUCUGCAGUAUUUUGUGUCAAACUAUUUUGACCCUGGUGUUGAUAUUAAAGAUGCGAUUCGGAAGUUUACUUUCCCUUAUUUGCGAAGAUGUGCAUUGUUGUGGAAAUUACUCUAUUCUUCUAUCCCAGCACCAUUCUGUGAUGGGGAAUAUAUGUUGGAUAGAUCGUGGAAUGUCCUGAAUGACACCAUGGACAGGGCCAAUAUUGACAUGUUUGAGGUCACAAAAAUUCAAGAGCUUGAGAAUAUGUUUAAAAUUCCCCCUCUUGAUGCGGUUCUAAAGGAUGAACUUUCAAGAUCUUCAGUCUCUAUUUGGUGUCGUCAUUUUUGCAAGGAAAUUGAAUUGCAGGGAAUUCAACGUCAUAUGCAUAUAACACCUGCAGUUCCAUUUGAAUUGAUGAGAUUGCCAAAUGUUUAUCAGGAUCUUUUGCAGAGGUGUAUCAAACAGCGCUGCCCGGAAUGCAAAACACUUCUUGAUGAGCCUGCAUUGUGCCUACUGUGUGGUAAAUUGUGCUCCCCUAGUUGGAAACCAUGCUGCAGUAAAAGUGGAUGUCAAACUCAUUCUGGAACCUGUGGAGCUGGUACUGGAGUGUUUCUGUUGAUUAGGAGAACUACAAUCCUACUCCAGAGAUCUGCACGUCAGGCCCCCUGGCCUUCUCCUUACUUGGAUGCUUUUGGUGAGGAGGAUUUUGAAAUGAAUCGAGGCAAGCCACUUUACCUGAAUGAGGAACGUUAUGCUGCUUUGACCUAUAUGGUUGCUUCUCAUGGUCUGGACCGGAGUUCCAAGGUUCUUGGACAGACUACUAUUGGUUCCUUCUUCCUGGUUUAGUUCAAAUUUUACAUGUUGUUUCAAAUGUUAAGAAUUUUUUACUGGACAUACCUCUGGAAGGUGGAAAGUGGUUCUAGAUAUGCUAAAAUAUCAUGUUAUACACUCCCCUGACUAAUCAAAGGAUCUUAGUUCAUACUAUGUCUUGUGCUAUAAGUGUAUAGCUCAUUCAGUAAUUGAUACAGUUGCUGCAUAAAGAUUUUAAAACUUGGAUCCUGUGGGAGAAUCUACCUGUUGGCCACGGCUGUACUGAGUUUCCCGGUGCUAACAUAGCAGCAAGCUUUCUUCUGCUCCAUGCUAACCAGAGGACAGCAGUCUUCUAUGAAGUAGGUGCACUGGUGUACAUAUAUCAUAAUACUAGCAAGAGGAGCAAUUGCUUUAAGGUAUAAUUUAUGAAAUUAUGGACUUAUACCUGCUCAUUAGUGGUUUACGAUGUGGGAGAAGACAAUCAUGUUGGUUCUGUAUCUCUCCUUCUUUCAUCUCUCUUGAGUUGGGUCUUUGGUUAGGGCAUUCCCUCUGCUUGGGUUGGGGGAAACAGGAAAAUUUCCAAUUUGUGGGAAUAUUGUAUCCAAUGCAUAUAUAUACUAAUUUUCGCUGUCAAUAUGUUGGUUUGCUUUAUUUAUAUUCGAGUUGUGUAAUAUUUGGGCUGUUUUCAUUUUCAAGCGUGAUGUCUUGUGAUGAUUUUAUCAUAUUUUGGAGAAUUAAAGAUAGGUGAAAGGUGGUUUUGUUUCAAUGUAAGCAGGUGAAUGUUGGAAGGGGAAAGGAUUUUCAGU